GACGUUGCCAGAUUUCAAGAAUGACAUUUCGAUCUACAAUGUUUAGUAGUUUUAGCGGUUUUUGAUAUAUUUUACAAACAAAUCAACAUGUGCGAGUUGUAUCCAGGCUUCAGGUCGUGCUGCGGGAUACCACUGCGAGUCGGAUUAGUUUUCAUUGCCAUAUUAUCCAUCGUGACCGGGGCCAUGAUCAACGCCGCCAUCAAGAAAGCCGGCGUGAACGUGAGCUCCAUCAAGGAUGUUCUGGACCUGAACAUCAUGUCCACCCCCACCACCACCACCGAAAAUACUGACUAUUGGCGAAGGUCAGCGUUCAACGUCGACGAUGUCAAACACGUGGAAACCACGAAGAAGCGGAUGAUAAGAACUAUGAAGAAACCAAGGUGGUCAACGGUUGAAAUUAUUGGUGAAGAUGGACAUACUGAGAUAAUUCGUUUUGAAGAUGACUAUGAUCCGGAAGAUACUGACACUGAUACGGGCUCGGGCGGGGACGAUGGCUCGUGGAGCACUACUACAUCGUCCACUAGCCCCACACCCUCUAAUAUCAGUACUCCCAGUACUCCCAGUACUCCCUCUACUCCCACGACUACUCCAACAACUACAACAACAGACGUGUACACGCGCAUGAUGGGCAAAGUGAAUCGCAACGGGCUGAACCUCCUCGCGAUUGCGUUUAUUGCGCUCGGGAUCAUACUGCUGGCGGCGAACUUCAUGGUGAGUCCAAUAGAGUAGAACGGCAUAUGUCACACACACACACACAUCAUCACACAUCGUCAUGUCUAUCACACAUGUGCACACAGUGAACCGCAACAGGCUGAACCUCCUCGCCAUCAUACUGCUUGCAGCGAACUUCAUCGUGAGUCCAGUAGAGUAGAACGACAUAUGUACGUCUCUAUCUCACAUGUGUACGCAGUGAACCGCAACAGGCUGAACCUCCUCGCCAUCAUACUGCUUGCAGCGAACUUCAUCGUGAGUCCAAUAGAAUAGAACGGCAUAUGUUCGUCUCUAACUCACAUGUGUACACAGUGAACCGCAAAAGGCUGAACCUUCUCGUCAUCAUACUGCUGGCAGCGAACUUCAUGGUCAGUCCAGUAGAGUAGAACGGCAUAUGUACGUCUCUAGCGCACAUGUGUACACAGUGAACGUAUCUCUAUUGCUGUCUCGCUCGCACAUUGACCGCCGGCGUCGUGGGACGGUAAUACAGACAGGAACAGGUGGGUAAAUGUACGUCUCGUGCUAAGCGUCCUUUCUUUAC